UGUAUCAAGCUAAGCUAACAAUUUUAUGAUAUAUUUUGAUGUACUUGAAUCACUUACUAAUGAAUAUAUCAUUGACAAGAGCAAAUACCGAUGCAGCUUAUAGGUCCCAAUGGUAUCAAGAAUGAAUAUGUAAAGCAAACCUACGAGACAGCAGGGGAUUGCUUCAAAACAAACUACUAUGGAAUUAAGCAGCUCACAAAAGCACUUAUUCCACUUCUUCAAAAAUCCAACUCGGCAAGGGUAGUCAAUGUCUCCUCUGCAUUGGGACAACUAAGGGUUAUUCGAAAUGAGGAAGCCAAUAAGGUGCUAGGAGACAGUGAUAGCCUCACAGAAGAGAAAGUGGACAACUUAGUUGAGGGAUUUUUGGAGGAUGUGAAGCACAAUUUGAUUGAAGCCAAAAGCUGGCCUAUUAAUCAAUCUGCCUACAUUGUAUCCAAAGCAGCUCUGAAUGCUUAUACCAGAGUCUUGGCUAAAAAGUAUCCUAGCAUUGCCAUUAACGCAGUCAGUCCUGGUUUUACCGCCACAGACAUGAACAAUUAUACCGGUAUCCUCACAGCUGAAGAAGCUGCUAAAGGUCCGGUGAAGGCGGCUUUGUUGCCGGAUAUUAGAGUUUCUGGCCGCUACUUUGAACAGACUGAAUUGUCAACCUUUGAAUGAAAAUUUGAGAUGUAAAAUGAUAUAA